UAUCACCAUUCUAGGAUGGGUUAUCCAGAUUAAACGGUUUUAUUGUGUUUGUCUCUCCUAAAUUCUAAUUUGGGUUAAGAAUAACAAAAUUCACCGUGAUUUUCGUAGCCUCAAAAAGUACGAUUAAGGUAUUCUCUCGAAUACCUGUUUUUCUCAUUUCCUCACCAAGAAUAGAAUGGCACAAUCCCACUCUGAAACCCACGAAUUCCAGUAUAACCACUAAACCCACGAUUGAGAUUUUCAUACUUCUUUUCCUCUAUAUAUACCGAUGCAUAUCUUCAUCGUUUACAAGAGGGUUUUCAUAUCAUAUCUGCUAGGAAUCAAUUGCAAGUUACUGGUACAUAUAAGAUAUCGUAAUAUGGCGAGUUCUGACGAUGAAGAAGAUUUGGUAGUAGUUGUAAUAGCAGCCACAACAACACUAAUUGCUGUUUAUUACCAAUAUUUUUUGGAGAAAACAAUAUGCCAUGAUUCAAUUCUUAGUGGUGCAGCUCAUGUAGAUGAAGUCUUAAAUGGUCAUGAUGCACGAUGUCAGGAUAGUUUUCGUAUGGAAAAACAUGUUUUCUUAAGAUUAUGUGAUAUGUUGAAAGAAAAGGAGUUACUUCGUCAUAGUAAUGGAGUUCGUUUUGAAGAAAAAAUAGCAAUUUUUAUGCUUGUUGUUGGACAUAAUGAACGUAACAGGAUACUUCAAGAGCGUUUUCAGCAUUCAGGUGAGACAAUUAGUAGACAUUUUAAUGCAGUCUUGGAUGCUAUUGUUGCAUUGGCAGAUGAUUUUCUUGUACCAGCAGGGCCUGAUACCCCCACUAAAAUCUUAGAAAACCCAAGAUUUUAUCCAUACUUCAAGGAUUGUAUAGGAGCCAUUGAUGGAACACAAAUACCAGCAAUGGUUGGUCUCGACGAACAAGUCCCUUUUUGGUGCAGAAAAGGGUUCAUUUCGCAAAAUGUUUUAGUAGCUUGUUCCUUUGACUUACAGUUUCAGUAUGUUCUAGCUGGUUGGGAAGGCUCGGCUGCUGAUUCACGCAUACUAGAUUCAGCUCUAACAAGAUGCGAUAGAUUAAUUGUGCCCAAAGGUAAAUUUUAUCUCGCUGAUGCAGGAUUCGCCAAUAUGCCGCAGUUUAUUACUCCAUAUCGUGGUGUCCGUUAUCACUUGAAGGAAUUUGGUGGAAAUCGUCCAAAAUAUGCAAAGGAAUUAUUCAAUCUCCGACAUGCAUCGUUACGGAAUGCAAUUGAACGUGCUAUCGGUAUACUUAAAAGACGCUUCACUAUUUUGCAACUGCAGCCUCAAUAUCCAUUUGAAUCACAAGUGAAAAUUGUACUUGCAUGUUGCAUCCUUCAUAACCACAUCCGCAGAGAGUGCAUUAAUGACUUGAUUUUCGAUGAUGAGAACUUACAAAACCUACUAGAAACCGAUCCAAGAAUGCAACAAGACAGUGAAUUCCCUACACUUGGGAGAAAUAGACAACGAGAAGUAGCUUCAGAACUUCGAACUUCAAUCGCAGAUGCAAUGUGGAAUGACUAUCAGCGUCGCCGCCGCGGCUAGUGUUUGCAUACUGUUGAGUUAGACUUCGAUAUUGUUAUUUGCAUUUUGUUGUUUAAAUUGGAUGAGUUAGACUUGGAUACUGUUAU